UGUGUUCGUAAUUAAGGAGGAAGGGAGGCGUGGAUAUUAGCAGCGCCUGCAAUUUACUGCGUCCCGAGGAAGGAGAACUGGGAGUCGGACUUCUCCUCGUCCUCCAGUGUCUUCCUUCGCCUUGCUUCCGCAUCUCGACCCCGCCUUCGGAUCCCGGCUUCCUCCUCUUUUAUCUGAUCUCUUGUUCGUUGGAGGUCGGGAUCGGCGAGAUCAGGCGAUCGAUCGUCCGCUGUGUUGCGCCGGGGGCGGAUCGAUCGAAGCGUUGGAGUUUGGAUCGUGGGAGUGGAGAAGAGUAGGGAUGACGUCCCGGUCGAGGAUGCCGACGUGGAGGGAGAGGGAGAACAACCGCCGGAGGGAGCGGCGGCGGCGGGCGAUCGCGGCCAAGAUCUACGCGGGCCUGCGGAUGUACGGCAACUACCGGCUUCCGAAGCAUUGCGACAACAAUGAGGUCCUCAAGGCCCUCUGCGACGAGGCCGGAUGGAUCGUCGAGCCCGACGGCACCACCUACCGCAAGGGGUGUAAGCCUCCAGCAGACCAUAUGGAUGUAGUCGGAGGUUCUACUUCACCUAGCCCAUACUCCUCCAACCAGCCAAGCCCAUGUGCAUCUUACAACCCCAGCCCUGCCUCAUCAUCCUAUGCAAGCCCUGCAUCUUCGUCCUACAUUGCAACUGCUAACAAUUCUAUCAAUGGUGCUGAUGCAAACUCCCUCAUCCCUUGGUUAAAGAAUCUUUCAUCAGCUUCCUCCAGUGGUCCAUCCAAGAUUCUACACCAACAUCCUUUCUACAUGCAUGGUGGUUCCAUCAGUGCUCCUGUAACCCCUCCCCUGAGUUCCCCAACUGCUAGUACACCACAAAUCAAGUCUGACUGGGAUGAUCCAAAUUCACGACUGCCAUUGGUCAAUACCAGCUACACGUUCCUGCCAAAUUCGACGCCACCAAGUCCUGGCCGGCAAAUCAUUCCGGAUCCUGCUUGGAUUGCAGGAUUGCAGAUUGACACAGGGCCUCCUUCAUCACCCACCUUCAGCCUUGUUUCAUCAAACCCACAAGGUUUUUCAGGUGGGGGGUCUUCAAGAAUGUGGACACCAGGACAGAGUGGGACCAGCUCCCCUGUCAUGCCUGGUAUGCCAUGCUGUGUUGAUAUUCAGAUGUCCGAUGGCAUUUCUGAUGAGUUUGCAUUCGGGAGCAGCAGUAAUGGUGGUCACCUACAAGCAGUAUUGGUGAAACCUUGGGAGGGGGAGAGAAUCCAUGAAGAAUGUGGAUCAGAUGACCUGGAGCUUACACUUGGGAGCUCAAGGACCAGAGCUGAUGCCUGAUUGAUGUGAAGAGAGUAAAUACACUGGAGAAUUUUAGUUUUGCGUUAUUCUUCAUGUGCUGUUGUUUCAAUAGAUAUAUAGAGAGGAUACCGGAGAUCAUCUAAUGCUUUCUGUUAAAUAGCCUCCAUCGGUCCAUCCCACAUUCAGGUAAUUGACAUAGUUUAUUUAUGGUGGAAGUACUUGAAAACAAAGCUUAUGCCCAUUGGCAAAAUUGCUACUUGACAGAUAUUUGUACGGGAGAGAAAAAGUAUGUGAUCUACUGUAAUCUUCUUUAAGUAUUGUCUUUAAGCUGUCAAAGUAACAUUCUAGUUAAUUCACUUUUACUAUGGUGGUUGUUGUGUCAUUUGUACAAGCCUGUGAGCAUCUGUAGUUAUUCUCUUUCCAUAUGUGAUCCAAACCUGUCCUACCUUUUCUAAUGGGAGAUGGAAUUGUGAAACUGCCACAAGUUA